UUCUUUCGCGAGUUGUCAGCGCAGCCGGUCGCGGUUUUCAUUUUUCCGUCGCGGGUGUUGAUUUCUUUCCUCCCCGAGCAAAAUUCCAAGAGGAGGAGAAGGAAGACGGUUCGGUUCUCUGCGUUCUGUCGACUAAUCUGGACUAAUUACCUUCUUGCCGGGAUUAAGUCGGGCCAAUCGACGGGAAAAAAGUGCCACGUUAAUCAAUAGUUUUCGGGUCGGCGAUGACGAGCCGUGUUCCGGCCGCGAAAUACGGAGGAGGAGGCUGAAUCGGGAAUCUCUCUUGCCAAAGUGCUUCGUGUAGAUGCGCACGUGUGAGUGUGUGUGUGCGCCCCUGGAAGAACCUUGAGCGCUGUGUGUGCCAUCAAAGACGGAACGUCAAAAGUUAAGUUCUUUUUUGCCACUUGAGCAUCGGUUCCGGACUAAUCGAAGGCUAUCAUCAAAUUAAAGUUAGUUGUGAAGGGGAUGAAGUGGGAGGUUUCGUGGACGUAGAAUGAUAAAGCUGAAACAAGAGAAUCGACGGAACCUUUCGACAGUUUGAGAUAAGCAAGAGUGGGUCGCGAUGGGAGCGAUGGACGGGGCCGGAAACGGCGCCGAUGGGGUGACUCAUCUGAUGAAGCUGUCCAGUGCGCUGUUUUACGGGAUGGCCUCGUUCCUGAUCACCGUGGUCAACAAGACGGUGCUGACUUCGUACCAGUUUCCGUCGUUUCUGGUGCUGAGUUUGGGCCAGCUGGCCGCCAGCAUCGUAGUCCUGUUUCUGGGCAAACGCUUCAACAUAGUCAAGUUUCCCGACUUUAGCCGGGAUAUCCCGCGGAGAAUCUUCCCGCUGCCAUUGAUCUACCUAGGCAACAUGAUGUUUGGCCUCGGUGGAACGCAAGCCCUCAGUUUACCCAUGUUUGCCGCGCUCCGGCGAUUCUCCAUCCUUAUGACGAUGAUCCUGGAGCUGCGAAUCCUCGGCAUCCGGCCAACCACCGCCGUUCAGGUCAGCGUGUACUCCAUGGUCGGAGGCGCCCUCCUGGCGGCCAGCGAUGACCUCAGCUUUAACCUGCACGGGUACAUGUUCGUCAUGAUCACAAACGCCCUAACGGCGGCCAACGGAGUCUACAUGAAGAAAAAGCUCGACACCGCCGACAUGGGCAAGUACGGCCUCAUGUACUACAACUCCCUGUUCAUGUUCGUGCCGGCCCUCAUCGGCACCUGGGCUUGCGGCGACCUCGAUCGCGCCUUCGAGUUCCCCACCUGGGACGAUCCCUUCUUCGUCGCCCAGUUCCUGCUGUCCUGCGUGAUGGGCUUCAUCCUGUCCUACAGCACCAUCCUCUGCACCCAGUACAACUCCGCCCUCACCACCACGAUCGUCGGCUGCCUCAAGAACAUCAGCGUCACCUACAUCGGCAUGUUUAUCGGCGGCGACUACGUCUUCUCCUGGCUCAACAGCAUCGGCAUCAACAUCAGCGUGGCCGGCUCGCUGCUGUACGCGUACGUCACCUUCCGCAAGAAGACACCCGCGGCGACGUCCAGCGGUGGCGACGACCGGAAGCUGCUACUACCGUCGGCCAGCGGCCGUAUCGACAACGUGUGACGAAACAGCUGCGGCUGUUGAAUUUGAUUUCGCGAGAGCUGUGUUGGCUGUGACUGGCCCGAGAGGAAACCAAAGUGCGUGUGCGUGAGCGCGAUUGCGAGUGUUGAAGAUGUGUGCGAUAUAGAAGAUUUUUUACUGAGAAGAAAGCACUAUUUAAGUUCACCAUUAAGCCGAGUUUAGUUUAUUUUAGCAUGUAUUGGAUCAGUAAACGCGGAGUUCGGCGUCGACGGCGCCGAACUCGGAAGAAGUGAA